GACUGUACAAUACGGUGAAGGUGAAGCGCGUGUAUGUCGUCGACUGUGCAAGUUUCGGCAGUUUCGCUAUGUCAGAACAAAGUUCAAACCACACGAAGGUGAGCGACGAGCCUGUCGUGGAAAAGGCCGCGUUGAACGAGCCUGUUGAUGAAGACCUGGACAAUCUGCUCGACAGUGCACUGCAGGACUUUGAGAAGCCAACACCCACACAUGACAAUGAUGCGGCCAAAAGCCAGGUGCGGCAAGAUGGCAACUUGGCAGAACCGCUCGUGGGUGAUGAGAGGCAGCAUCCGUGGACAGCUGAGUUCGGCCAGUUUGCGGAUGUGAUGCAGGGUCUGUUGCAGGAGGACCCACAGCUGCAGGAGCAGUUCAGCCGCAUCGCACAGAGUGCCAACCGGGCCGCCUCUGCUGCCUCGGAUGAGGAGUUUUCUGCUACGCUGAAUGAAACCUUGCGGAACAUCUCGGACACAGCCCUUGCUUUUGGGGACCCGCCCACUGAGGACGAGCUGUCACGGCUGGUCGGCUCACUGGGUCUCGAGGGUGGCCCCAAUGGUGGCGGGGGGGAUGUCCCCGGCCUGGUCUCCAUGAUGCAGGGCAUGAUGCAGAACCUGCUCUCCAAGGACCUCCUCUACCCAGCACUGAGGGACAUUGUCGACAAGUACCCCGACUGGCUGGCUGACAAGCGGCCCUCGCUGGCGGACGAGGAGUAUGAACGGUACAACCGGCAGUUUGGCCUCAUGCGGCAAGUGUGUGAGGAGUUUGAAGCGGAGCUGAGCUCGGAUGCGGCCGAGGUCAAACAGGCACGCUUUGAGCGUGUGCUCAGCCUCAUGCAGAAGAUGCAAGAGUGUGGACAUCCACCUAAAGAGCUGGUCGAAAUUGGCCCUGACAUUGGCCUGGAUGGGCGUGCCCCAGGAAUGCCCGAGCAGUGUGCAGUAAUGUGACUCUGCUCUUGUUCAUCAGGGGCCCUGGCUGUCUGCACCUUGUGCAAUAUUCAUUACAAUGCAAGCAUCAGUAUUUUUGGAGACAGUGCAUUCCACUACAGGCUCUUCGGAUGCAGUGCUAGCUUUUCUGCAUCUUCGUUGUGGUGCGGAGUGCUCCAGCUGGUGGUUUAUAUAAGUAUGUUCACAAAGUUGAAAUGCCACUAGAGAUCACAUGCGUGUGGCACCAGCAGUCAGCGACUGUGUUUUAGUUCAUUCCCGCUGCUGCAAUGAUCAGUGUACAUUCAAAGGGAAUAAAUUUUGUAUAUGUUGUC